AUGGCCCAGCUUUCAAACUUAACCGGGAAGUUCAGAAUCAAUGGCAAUGCUUCUCACACGUCAAAGGUCACGAAACGACCUCGAGAAACGCUCGUAUGCCUUCAAUGCAAAGCAUCUAAACUUCGAUGCGAUCGCGGGCAGCCGUGCAGCGGCUGUCUCAAAAGAGAUGUAGCCUGCAGUUACCACAAGUCUACUUUGGCAACAGAUGGUGCUCCUCGUAAUACUGUGGCCGAAGAUAGGUUAUUACACCUGGAGUCGAUGGUCAAAAGCUUGAUGCAGGAACGGGUUCAGUCCGGAAACAGUGGGAUGCCGGAAAAUACCAUGACACCACCGGAAAACACACCGCCAGCUCACGAUCCCUCAGAGCAUCUUGAUCAGUCGCGAGGCGAGCUAAUCAACAAUGGGAACUAUGUCGGUUCCACUCAUUGGUCUGCAAUAUUGGACGACAUACAAGAGCUGAGGCUCGUCUUAGGUGGCUCUACGGACAUACCCGAAUCAGAAGGAGAUCUUGCAGCUGUAAGGCCCUCUGUAAAUAGCGAGGUUAUCUUUGGAUCCUCGAGUAAAUACUCUGUCCAACAGAUCGUCUCCCAACACUUACCCCCAAAGGUUGAAGUCGAUCGUGCCCUCUCCUUCUUCUUCCGUGGCGAAACCUUCAUCGUUCCAUUCAUUCAUACAUAUUAUUUUCAACGUCAGUAUCGAGAUUUCUGGGCAGACCCUGCAAAUGUCAAUCCUCUCUGGCUAUCAAUGCUCUUUUCGGUUUGUUAUAUAUCGUCUCUUAUGGGCGGCACAUCAGGUCCCCAGCAAUCCUGGGGAUCUGAGAGAUCUGCUCUGCAUUCAGCCUCAGGCCAAUGUCUUGUAUUAGGAAAAUAUCAUCGACCACAAAAAUUUGCAGUGGAGGCACUGGGUAUAUAUGGGCAUUGCAAAAACCUCCAAAGCCUUGAAACUUCUCGAGAAGCUGGGUCAAUUUUGAGCAUGGUUGUGCGCAUGGCAUACGAAAUGGGAUAUCACCGGGAUCCGGACAAAUUUGGGUCCUUCACUGUAUUUGAGGGCGAGAUGCGCAGGCGAUGUUGGGCUUCUUUGAGACAGAUGGACGUGAUGAUUUCUUUCCAACUGGGCCUUCCGUCCUCUAUCUGCCUCGACAAUUGUGACACCAAGUCACCUAGAAAUCUCCUAGAUUCGGAUUUCGACGAAGAUACCAAAGUAUUGCCGGAGUCCCGACCUGAAAAUGAGCCUACGAGACUACUCUGGUUUAUUGUCAAAGUCAGGGUUAUGGCCAAUUUUGGCGAGGUCUGUCAAGACGCACUCUCGUUCAAAGAGAAGUCGGAAGCAGAAAUAGUUCAGCUUGAUAAGGAAAUUCGACAAACGUAUAGAACGGUACCCGAAGUUCUCCGAUCACGUCCUAUUUCUGAGUCGAUCACAGAUGCGCCUUUUCUCAUUAUGACUAGGCUAUACAUUGAUCUUAUCCAUUUAAAAUGUGUCUGUAUCUUGCAUCGCAAAUACAUGGCUCGGGGAAAUCUCUUUAGCACCAUUUCCUGCGUGGAAGCGGGGACGAAAAUGGUGAGCCAAUUUCUUGACAUAUAUAAGGAGUUCGCGCCUGGUGGUCAACUUUAUAUGGAGCGCUGGAUGCUCAAUAAUUUCACCAUGAAUGACUUCCUCUUGGGCGUUAUGGUGCUCUGUCUUGUGGUGCACACACGAUGGAAGAAAGGGCCACAGAACUCGUCUAUCGAUGCCGCGACGGAAAGCGAGGUUCUGGGGCUACUAAGGCAGUGUCAUACUGUCUGUGUGGAGAAGUCUGCUUCGUGCAGAGAUGCACGGCGUGUUUCAUAUGCUAUUCUUCUCACUUUAAACGGUGCCAAGGGCCCCAAAACACCAGCGAUACAAACUACACGUGCUUCAUCUUCGGAUAUACAACCAACGGUUGGCGAAUCACAGGCUGUUGAUCCAGUCUCACUGUUGCAACCUUGUCGAGUUGGCUCUGUUCAGACUGACGAAGCCGCUUUUGGACUGCUUGAUCCUUUCAAUUUCAUGGGCAGUGAUGCUGACAAUAUGGACUGGACGUUAUUUGACUCGCAAUUCUUCGCCCAGGACGUAACAUUUGUGGAUGGCUUCGUUCCAGGAUGA